GCACUCUUAUGUGGUCCACAGUUUCUGCCUUCGCACUGUAUGACUAGCAUGUUUUCACGGAAAGACCAGUUACAGAACAUUAAAAUCACUUACAGAAGACCCGCGAAACAAUGAAUGACCGCGAACUUGAUCUCACAGAAGCGCAAAAAGCUACAAAAUCAAAGUAUCCUCCCAUCACCAGGAAAUACGAGUAUCUUGAUCAUACUGCAGAUGUCCAGAUUCAUUCAUGGGGUGAUUCUCUGGAAGAGGCUUUUGAACAGUGUGCAAUGGGGAUGUUUGGAUACAUGACGGACACAGAAACUGUGGAACCCAUUGACACUCUAGAAGUAGAAUCAGAAGGCGAUGACAUGGAGUCACUCCUUUUUCAUUUCUUAGAUGACUGGCUCUUUAAAUUCAGCGCUGAUAUCUUCUUCAUUCCCAGGGAAGUGAAGGUGUUGCACAUUGACCGACUGCAGUACAGAAUCCGCUCGAUAGGAUGGGGUGAAGAAUUUAACCUGAAUAAGCAUCCACAGGGAACAGAAGUGAAAGCAAUCACCUACUCUGCAAUGCAAGUACAUGACAUAGAAAAACCAGAGAUCUUUGUCAUUAUUGAUAUUUAAACAACAAAAAUACAUUAAAUACAAUUUAAUA